AUGGAUUCUUCUGAGAAAAGAAAACAGCCUCCCUCUAAUGGGUCCGAUGGUCGUCCAGUCAAAAAAAGCAAAGGUGGUAGUAAUGGCAGAUGGCAGACACCUCACCAAAAGGCCAAACUCGAGGCCAUAAAAGGCAGGAGUCUAGAAGUGGGUGACAUGGGCAUUUGGACCACAUGUGUUAAAGGCAAGGAGCGACAGGCCUUAGGGGAAAUGAUGGAUCUUUGCGAAGAGUACGGAGAGAAGCUUUACGAUAUCAAACGCCAAGACCCCGCUGAAGCCAAGGAUGACGAGGAUGAUGAUGAUAUCGAAUCAUCCAUCAAGAAGGAAGUCCAAGAUAUGAAACCUGCGAGCAAAUCGAAGGAUUCAGUAUUCGAGCCCAUGCGCAUGAAUCUCGAUUGCUUGCUUUUCAUACGGACGAAGCCGCCUGUCGACCCCGUCGCGCUCGUUCAUCAGAUCUGUAAGGACGCAAAGGGAAUCACCGAAAAGUCGCAACGGCGAGCAAGAUUCAUCAAUAGAUUUACGCCCGUCACUCUGACUGCGAAAGCUACCGAGGCUGGCGUCGAGGAAGUUGCCAAGAAUGUCCUGGCUAAACACUUCCAGCUUGCAGGCGAGGACGAGCAGUCGGAGGUCCCUGAGGGGGAUGCCUAUUCGUACGCUAUUCGGCCUAGCUUCCGUGCUCACAAUACCCUCAAGCGCGACGACGUGAUCAAGAAGGUCGCAUUGCUUAUCGCGCCGCGCCACAAAGUCAACCUUUCAUCCCCGGACAAGGUCAUUCUCAUCGACAUUUACCAGACAUUCUGCGGCAUGAGUGUCGUCGACGGGGACUGGGAGUCUCUGAAGCGGUACAAUCUCCACGAGAUAUACCUAUCGGCGCUGGGGCCCGACGAGAAGAAGAAGCGGGAGAAGAUUACGCAGACGGAAGAGUUGAAGGAUUAG